GUGAUGGGAGGAUAUAUCUCUUACCCCUGAGAUGCUCGGAGCAGGACACUUUGGAGAAGUCCGGAAAGGAACAGUAAUCGUGGAUGGGGAAAGGAUUCCAUCUGCCAUCAAGAUAUUGAAAAGUGGUGCAGAUGAUGCUAGCAGGCAGGACUUUCAACAAGAGGUGGACAUCAUGCGCCAUGUUGGGUAUCAUACUAACAUUGUCAAUCUGCUGGGGGUCUGUAUCUAUCAGGGUCAACAGUACUUGGCCCUGGAAAUGGCAGGAAAUGGCGAUCUCCUGCAAUUUUUGAGGAAGUCUCGUGUGCAGGAAGUCAACCGGCCGAAGUUCGGAGGCGUCCGCACCUUGUCCACCCUUUCGCCUGCCCAGCUGUUGCGUAUUGCCUGUGACGUAGCAACUGGAAUGGACCACCUGUCUUCCAAGCAAGUAAUCCAUCGUGACCUGGCAGCCAGGAAUGUUCUCCUUACAGACAGUCUGAUAGCCAAGGUUGCAGACUUUGGACUGUCACGUGGGAAGGGCAUCUAUGAACAAACUUCAAAGAGAGCGAUCCCUUUCCGAUCCACUGCACUGGAAGCACUGACUAGAAGGAUCUACACAACAAAGAGUGACGUAUGGUCUUUCGGAAUUCUACUCUGGGAGAUCGUCACCAUUGGAGGAACCCCUUACUGCGGAAUGAAAUCCGGAACUAUACUGGGUCGGCUGCGUGAAGGUUACAGGCUACACAAACCCAGGAACUGCGAGGCAGACCUGUACCAGAUGAUAAUGAUGUGCUGGAAAACACGUCCGGAGGAAAGACCGUCAUUUGCCGACCUGGCUGAACAACUGGAGAUCAUGAUUGAGGACAAACACAGCUACCUGAAUGCUGACAAAGGUGAUGAUUUCGAGUAUGAGACGGUGGACACCAGUGAUAGUGACGUGGCCUGAAUGGUGAUUAUGUA